AUGGCUGAUCCCUUGUCUAUUGCUUCCGGUAUCGCUGGUCUACUGAGUCUUGCCGGCGCUGCAUUUCAUGUCGUACAUCAGUACAUUCGAACAGCCAAGGAUGCGAAAGACUUUGUGAAAGCCCUGAGCAAGGAGCUUCAAUCGCUUAGUUCCGUCCUUCAGGGCGUGAAAAUCCUGGCCGAAGCAUACGAGCAAGACGAAACUGAGCCCUCAGUGGGACUGCGACUCGAACAUAUUUCCGCAUGCAGCCGCGUGCUAGAUGACAUACUCAAGGGAACAUCAAGUAUUAGAGACACCGUCAAGAACCAAAAGUCAAGAACGAGCAAGGUCGAAAAUCUCAAAUGGCCGUUCCGAAAAUCCAAAACAGACGAGCUUAUCAAUGAGCUCUCUCGACACAAAGCGACCUUGAGCCUCGCCCUUGACGCUGCGUCGCUCUCUGCCCUAGUUGACUGCCUGGGCAAAGUGAAAAGAGAGUGUGUGCUCAACUUUUUCAUGCCCAUUGAUCCCAGCCCAAACCUUCAGUCCAGCUGGAAGUUGAGACAUCCUGGCACAGGAAUAUGGUUGACUGAAUCUCUGCGAUUCCGCACAUGGCUGUUGGAAGAAGGCUCCAAGAUCUGGCUGAGCGGUAUCCCUGGCGCAGGCAAGACUGUACUGGCUGGCGCGGCCAUCCGAGAAGCGUUACAACAAGUCGCUACAGUUUCCAACGUUGGCGUCGCAUUCUUCUUCUGCGAUUACAAGAACAAAAAGACAUGGAAUAUCACAAAUAUUCUGGGAGCAAUCGCAACUCAGCUAGCCUGGCAAAACGAGUCUGCUUUUGCAAAACUCAAGCAAUACCACAAUGAGAUAAAGCCUCGUCAGGGAAUGCAACUGAGACCAAAAGCAGAGGACCUUCAUGAAGUCAUCAUUGAAGAGUCCGAAGCUUUCGAUCGGAUUCUUCUUGUGGUCGAUGGGCUAGAUGAAUGUGGCGAUAAUGCAGAGAUAGUGAGUCGAGUGUUGUCGAGACUGAAUCAAGAUAUCCCAAAUCUGUCGUCGGCGUUAUUCAGUCGCGACGAACCAGGUAUUCGGGACGUACUUCAAGACCAGUUUGAUCAGAUCGACAUUGCUGCUCACUCAGAAGAUAUCAGUCUUUAUGUCGGGGCAGAGCUUGAGAAACGCAUCGAGCAGAGGCAGUUGAGAAUCAAUGAUAUGCACCUCAAAGACGAAAUACUACUGAUACUUACUACCGGUGCCCAAGGAAUGUUCCGCUGGGUUGCUUGCCAACUUGAUGCUCUAGGCGAGUGCAUCACAGAUGCGGAUCGUCGGACAGCGCUUUAUGAGCUCCCAAAAACUCUCCCUGAGACUUACGAGCGGAUCCUUGUUCGAGUCAACCAGAAACGACGCAGCGUCCAAAGACUUGUCCAGUUAACCCUCCGCUUCUUGGCUAUAGAACAUCCAAUCCAGCUGUUGACUGCUGCUGGCCUUUGUCACUUUGUCUCUGUCCCUGAAAAGUCAGGGACGAAGUGGGACAUCUCGUCGGUUGUGACAGAACAGGAAGUCGCGCGCGCGUGCUCGAGUUUUCUGCGCAAAUCGGCUGACGGUCGGCUUUUUGAAUUCGCACAUUUCAGCGUCCGCGAGUACCUUCAAAAUUCUUCCCUGCUUGAAAGGCCCGACCUAAAGCCUUAUCACAUCUCGAAAAGCAGUAUAAAUGACACUGUAGCUAGUCAAUAUCUCCGCUUUCUUCAGCUGAAGAAUUUCGACUGCAAGCCUUGUCGAGCUCCAGGAGACGGAUGUGGACUUUGCGCGGGAAAGGAGAACUUAGGUUCUCUAUACACAGUUGCAGCCGCUUCGUGGCCGAUGCAUGUGCAGGCGGUUGAAAAUUGUGGUUCACACUCAUCGGCAGAACUACUAGAGCUCCAAAAGUCACUAUUGCAUCCGGCCAAGUCCAACGUAUAUAUGAAUUGGGUAACCCGCUUCUGUUGGUGUCUUCAUCAAAAAGUCAAUACUGAGUAUGUGCUUGACCUUGUACUUGAACCCAGCCUCUCAACGCUCCACGUCGCCGCAGCACUAGACCUUACUGAAGUGGGUACGUGGCUACUUGGAACUUAUACUACGAUCAAUUCUGAAGUUCAAGCUGAUUCUUUGUUGGAAUUCUCUAUCGCUGGGAUCUUUGCAUUUGUCAAAGACGUCAUUCAAGACGCUUCUCAUGCAUUCUCACGCUAUAAAUAUCGUUCGCGUACAGCUUCACUUAUGGAUCAACUUUCUUCACGCGGAGCAAAACUAUCGGGAUCAUCCCAGAGGUUUCAAGGCCGCAGGCUUAUGCAAAUCACAUGCAACUUUGCUGCUUGUGGAAAUAUGACACCGCUCAAAUGUCUUCUCGAGAACGGGUGGAAUUUGUGUUCGGAGGACAUCUCGAUUGCCAGCUGCUGGUUCACGGAAGGGUUUUGCAAGGACCAGGAAAAUGAAUUACGGAACCUCGUCAAGUUCUUGAAUACGCAUGAAAUCCACAAAACUCGAGAGGGAUACCAGCUUUGUGCGCUGAUCUGGAACAUGGCGAUUCGUUCGAGCCAUAAAUUCACCGCGGACACGUCCUUACUGCCUUCUAGUAUCACUCUUUCUGACGCGGCACUGGUUGAAACCGCAGUGAGCGCUAUCACGCUCGAUGAUGUCCAGGCUCUCGUGACUUGCGAACAGGAUGUUCGAUUCAACAUUCGAGAGUUCAAAGACAAAGAUGAGGUUUACGCAGUCCACAUUGCUGCAUCAUGGCAUGCUUUCAAAAUCUUGAAGUAUAUGCUCAACGCGGGAUGCGAGAUGCGGAGGUCUGACUCUGAUGGACGGAACUUUCUCCACAUGUUGACAAGGUCGAACACUUCUCGCACCUUUGAUGCCUCGGUACUAGAGGAAAUUCGUGCACAGCACGGUGCUGAAUUUGAGAAGUUGAUGGACGCUGUCAAUCAUGAAGGCCAGACUGCGCUUGACAUGGCAUUUGAGAUAAGCAAUAUAAAUGUGGCAAAAUGGCUCUUUGAAAAACGCGGUAGAGAGCUAAGCUGUUGCCAUGGCAAGAUAUGCAUUUGGGAUAAAGCAGCGAACGCAGAGAGUAUAGCAUUGUUGCAGAUGCUCAAAGACUCUAGCUACCCAUGCCAUACCGAUUGCUCCGCCGGUCGACCAUUCCAUGCCUUGAAUCCCGGCGCAGGUAUGGAGAAAUUUGAGCUGCUUAACACUUUAUAUCCAAGUAGUUUGAAAAGUUGCACGAGCGCUAAGCUUGCGCUUGAGAGUUGUCUAUCGAGAUGGGCAAGGCAGACAGUCUUGCCAUAUACUAUGGAUGGUAGCGUCAUCCAAGCGCUGUUGCACAAAAGUGAGACUCUGUCAGCUACUUCACCUGCUGCAAUCGAUUUCUGCUGUCGAAUCAUCUCCGAAACCUCGUGGAGAAGAUUUGAGCGAACGAUCAAGAUUCUCGAGCCCUUCUUGGAGCAUGGAAUAGACGUACAUCCCGGUUCUGGCAGCAGAUCCAUGCUGGAGGAAGCAUGCAACCUUUUCAACAUUACGACGGCGCAGGUGAGGGAUGGUGAUAUUCAUCUACUGGAGGCUAUCUUGGACCGUGUAGACAACAAGAAGCUCAACCGUUAUGAUCGAUAUGGGUCCAGUAUAUUGCAUCGCGUCUGUACAGCACCAGGUAUUGAUCCAGAGUGA